CUUCAAGGCAUCAAAGGCUUCAUGCUUUUUUCAUGAGACGUCAGAGUGACUUUGAAGCUCGAGGAUGUCCGCGUCCGCGAGCUUGAAGGAAUCAGACGGAGAUCGGGACAUGGAGCAGCGCAGAACCCAAGUGUCAAGCCACCCAUUCAGCGUCGAGUCUCUUAUAUCUAGCCACAAAACCAGUAAAGACUUUGAAAGACGGCGCGAGGAUGUAUCCAGCCAGUUUGCGAAGACUGAGAUCAGGGAUUCUUGUGGCUCGGCUGGAAUACAAAAGCACUUUAUGCAGACCUCACCCGUCAAAUCGGAGUCCCCUGAGGUGGAUGACUGCACACCAUGGGUUAUGAACUCUAGAUUCGCUCAAACACGCCAGGUAAGUGCCUGUCCUCUCCGCAAGCACAAGACCAACCGUAAACCCCGUACGCCAUUCACCACCUCACAGCUCCUGGCCUUGGAGCGAAAGUUCAGACAGAAACAGUACCUGUCCAUUGCCGAGCGAGCAGAAUUCUCCAGCUCCCUCACCCUCACAGAGACCCAGGUGAAGAUCUGGUUCCAGAACCGACGGGCCAAGGCCAAGCGUUUGCAAGAGGCAGAGCUGGAAAAGCUCAAACUGACUGCCAAACAUGUCCUCCACCCCAAUUUCAGUUUGCCUCUUCCUCUUGGAACCCAACUUCAUUCGGCCGUCUCACUCUAUGGCCAGUCGUAUCCCUACCAGAGGCCUUUAUUGCCUGUUGCUCCAGUGGGACUCUAUGGAACACCUUUAGGGUACAGCAUGUAUCACCUCGCUUGAGAAGAAGUGCUACAGUAUGGACUAGUACUGAUCUGAGGAUGUACAGAAAGACAAUGUUUACAAACCUUGGGUGUCCAAGUCUGAAAAAAAGCAGCAACCAAAAAAUUUCAUUCGAUAUUUCAUAAUGUGCCUUCACUCACGUCUUAAAAUACAUGAAAUAAAAAGCGGGACAUUUUACCUCACUUUCCAAUGACUGAAAGAUCAAAUUUUACCGUGUCGAUGGAUAAUGCUGUUGCCAAAUCUUUUGUGUAUAUUUGUGUCAUACAUCUUUAUGUAAUAUAUUGUAAAACUAAUUAUUUUGUGUACAGAAUACUGAGUUUAAA